GUUCAUGUUCUGCCUGACGCCCUGGCCCCUCGUGCUGCUUUCCUCCAAGUUGUCUCUUUCUUCUCUCAGCAUUUGGUCAGGAUUGUGCGGGUCUCCUGUACCUGCUGACGUGGGGGCCUUGCGUUCCUGCAGAGGAGCGAGCAGGAGACAACAUUCUGCAUUCAGAAGAGCAUUGCUGAGGCCGCAAUGAUGUCGGCGACCUCUGUUUCUUCGGGCAGUUUGCUGGCCUCGUCGUUCCAGGGGUCAGCAUGUGCGCUGUCAUCUUCCAGCUUUCUGGGGGCGCAGGUGUGCCCCGUGCAGUUGACAGGGCAAUGCAGGCCGCAACAUGCCAGGGUGAAGGCAAAAGGAACAGGCUUCUUCAAGCUGCCAGGCACCGUCAAGAGGAAGGUGGCUGACACUGCGGAAUCAGCCAAGCCGGCGCUCAAGUCGGGAUCCAUCUUUCAAAAGGCCGCCGCUAAGGUGCCCCAGGGUUUCCAGCUGCCCGGCACGGCAAGGCAGCAGCGCAGCGACCCGAACACCGUGUUUGUCGCGGGAGCCACUGGGAAAGUCGGGAUUCGUACAGUCAGGGAGCUGAGCGCCCUUGGUUUCAAGGUGCGCGCCGGUGUGCGCAACGUGCAGAAGGCACAGGAAGCCCUCGCAUUUGCGACCCAGUACGCUCUGGUGUCGCCGCAGCAGGCGCGGUUGAUUGACGUGGUCGAGUAUGAUUUGGACAACCCCGAGACGAUCCCACGCGCCAUUGGGAAUGCAAGCAAGGUUGUGGCAGCCAUUGGGGCAGGAGAAAGCGCGGCGGGGGAUGUCAAGGGGCCGUACCGAGUGGACGGGGAGGGGGCCAAGGCCCUCAUUAGAGCAGCGGUGGAGGCCAAUGUGGCGCAGUUUGUAAUGGUGUCAUCCAUCGGGGCCGGCAAGGUUGGAUUCCCAGCAGCACUUCUCAACUUGUUCUGGGGCGUGCUGGUCUGGAAGAGGCAGGCCGAGAUUGAGCUGGAGAACAGCGGGAUGGCUUUCACGAUUGUGCGCCCCGGUGGCAUGGAGCGCCCCACCGACGACUACAAGAAGACCCACAACGUGCGCCUGGCGGCAGCCAACACCGAGUUUGGGGGCCAAGUCUCGCAGUUGCAGGUUGCGGAGGUGAUCGGUGCGAUCCUGUCCAACCCGUCAGUGUCCGAAAACAAGAUUGUCGAGGUGGUGGCGGAGACGGACGCCCCCUUGGUAUCCCUGGAGGAGCAGCUGGCGGCACUGCCCGUCACGGGGCUCACGCAGGCGGAGCGUGUCGAGAAGCAGCGCCAGGAGGAAGAGGAGGAGGCCAGGCGGGAGCAGGAGCGGCGCGACGCAGAGGCCCGGGCGGCUGAGGAGGCCGCCGAACGCGAGCGGCAAAGAAGAGAGGCGGAAGAGGAGAGGGAGCGCCAGCGCAUAGCAGCGGAGAGGAGGGCCGAAGUGGCCGCAGAGCUGCAGGCUCUGCGCGCCGAGGAGGCGGAGGCGAAGCGCGAGGCGGCAGCAGCGGAGCGUGAAGCCGCCCAGGCACAGGCGCAGGCGGAGCAGCUUCUGGCGCAGUUGCAGGAGGCAGCGCAGGCAGCCAAGGAGGCGCGGGCUGUUGAGAAGGCAGCGCUCCAGGCCGCCAGGCGGGGAGAGACAUUCGGUGCCAGGGAGCGCGCCGAGGUGCUUGCGGAGGUUCGCGAAGAGAGCCGUCCGGCCCCAGUGUCGAUUGACCGCGAGACCAAGCGCACGGCAGACGCGGCCAAGGCCAAGGCGGCUGCCGCCAAGAAGAAGCAGGAGGCAGCAGAGGAUGCGCGUGAGAAGGCGGAGCAAAAGCUAAAGGACGAGGCCGAGAAGGAGAAGGCUGCGCAGGCUAAGGAGAAGGCCGACGCUGCUGCCGCGAAGCAGCGUGACGCGGAAGAAAAGAAGGCUGCGGAUGCUAAGAAGGCCGCAGAAGCGAAGCGGAAAGAGCAAGAGGCAGCAGAGGCGGCAGAGGCGAAGAAGAAAGAGGCGCAGGCGAAGGCGGAGAGGGACGCAGAGGCGAAGAAAGCAGAAGAGGAGAAGAAGAAGGAGGCGCAAGCGAAGGCGGAGAGGGACGCAGAGGAGGCAAAGAAGGCGGCGGCAAAGGAAGCCGAGCGGAAGAAGCAAGAGGAGGAAGCGCGUGUGUUGGCACAGCAGCGAGCGGAGGCGGAUCAGAAGAAGAAGGAGGAGGGGAAAAAGAAGGAGGAGGAGAAGAAGAAGGCGGACGUGGAAGCCAAGAAGAAGGAAAUAGAAGCCAAGGCCAAGGCGGAGGCGGAGCGUCGCAAGGAGGAGGAACGCCAGCGCGUCAUCUCUGGUGCAGUCGCCGAGGACCAGUCCCGGCAGGAGGAGUCGAAACCGAAGUUCGCUCUGGGGGGCUUCAAAUGGCCCUGGCAGCAAGCCCCCGAAGAGGAGGAAGAGGAGCAACAGGCGGCCCCCGAGGCGAAGAAGUCGACGGACCUCCCCCCCUCGCCGACGCCCCUGAGCCCGUACACAAUGUAUGAUGAUCUGAAACCGCCCACGUCACCCACGCCCAUCCCGGCGGGGGGGAAGAGCGGCCUCGAGGCAGCACAGGCGGCCGCCAAGGCAGCCGCAGAGAAAACGACGAGCGAGGCACCGAAGGCGGUGGAAGCCGUGAAGAAGGAAGCGCCGAAAGCGGUGGAAGCGGUGAAGAAGGAAGCGCCGAAAGCGGUCGAGGAAGCGAAGAAAGAAGCGCCGAAAGUGGUGGAAGCGGUCAAGAAGGAAGCGCCUAAAGUGGUGGAGGACGUGAAGAAAGAGGCUCCAAAGGUGGUGGAGGAAGUGAAGAAAGAGGCGCCCAAGGUGGUGGCCGAUAUCAAGAAGGAAGCGCCGAAGGCUGUCGAGAAGGCGGUCGAUGCUGCCCCGGCCCCUGCCAAGGAGGCCGCCUCCAAGGUGACUGCGACUGCCAAGGACGUGCAGAAGAGCGAGCCGGUCAAGGCGGCACAGGAGAAGGUGGAGGAAGUGGUGGAGGACGUGAAGGGAUUCAAGUGGCCGUGGGAGGGCGCGCCCAUUGCGGAGCCCGUCGAGAAAGCAGCCGAGACAGUAAAAGCGUUCAAGUGGCCGUGGGAGGGCGGCGAAGGAGGCGAAGACGGCGAAGACGAUGGCGCCGAGGCUUCCCAAGGCAACGGCGCAUUCCCGCGGUCGUCAUCCCUGGACUUGCCAUAUGCCAACCGGCCGCUUAGCCCUUAUACGCAAUACCCCGACCUCAAGCCCCCCACCAGCCCAAUGCCGUCUCCCCCGAGUGAAGUCAAAAACCGGGCGAAGAACGAUAGCGUACCUGCGGAGCUCCUCGUAAAGAAGACGUACAUCCGGGAAUAAGCGGGUUGCCGCGGUUUUGAUAGUUGCGUGUUUUAGAUUUGUACCACGUUCGCAGCUUGUUCGCGUUGUACAUUGACCCGCCAAGUAGCGUUGUGUGAACCGUGCUGGUUUUGAUGGCCGAUAAGCCUGACGGGUUGAGCGAGGCUCGAGAGUGUGUUUGUGCGGACAAAAAAGGCAGGGGCGUUGAAGAAGGCUGUGAGAGAAGCUCGCGCACUUUCUGCCUGAGGGCGUACCGACCUUUGUGGCGAGCAAGUACAAAAGCAUGCUCUUGUCCAGGUUUGCGGAGGCAAGAUUUUGGGCUCACAGAAAUGCAUAAGACGAGCUUCUGACAUCUGGACUGGACUUGUUAUAAAGACAAACUGACGUUCUAGGCAUGUCGAUCAUCCACUCUCCACGCACUGACUGAGUGGCCUCUUGACUGGCUCUACCUGGUGAC